AUGUCUUUGCCCAGUACGAUGGAUGCAGUAGUGAUUGAUGGCGACAGAGCCGUAGUGAGAAGUGGAGUCCCAGUACCAACAGUGCCCAAGGGUUACCUUCUGGUGAGGACUCGGGCAGUAGCUGCUAACCCUACAGAUUGGAAGCACAUCGCGUGGAAAGUUGGGCCCCAGGGGUCCAUCCUUGGUGUGGACGUUGCUGGGGAGGUUGUUCAAUUGGGGGACGGAGUGGACACUGCACAGUUUAGUAAGGGCGAUUGUGUCUACGGGUUCGUCCACGGUGCGUGUGUGAGGGCCCCAGAGAACGGUGCGUUUGGACAAUACGCCGCUGUGGACUCCCAAUUGGUGUUCAAGAUGCGCUCACCAGGGUCUACGGGUCCUGGAGUGGUCCCGCGCGGGCGUGUAAACACCUGGGAAGCCGCGGCAAGCAUCCCAUGCUCCAUCAUGACCGCUGGUGAGACUCUGUUCCACCACAUGAAGUUGGAGAUGGACUGGCAGGUGAAUGGUCCAGCGCAGAUCCCAGGUACCGUGCUUGUGUGGGGUGCUGGGACCACGUUGGGCCAGUGGGUGAUCCAAUUGCUGAAACGGUUCCAUGCGUUCAGCCGGAUCGUGGUCGUUGCGUCGCGCCGCCACGAGGCUCAAUUGCGCCAGUACGGUGCUGACGAGUUGUUCGACUACCAUGACGGAGAUGUCGUCAACCAGAUCAAGAGCAAGCACGGAGACCUCAUCUGGCUGCUAGACUGUGUCUCCACGAGGGAGACCUUCAGACAGACGUAUCAGUGUGCGCCAGCGAACAAACCGUCCACCGUGUUCAACUACGACAUGUUGACAGUGGAUGUUAUCCCAGAGACUGAACGGAACGAGAAGUACGUUACCGUCGACGGGACACUACUGUACUUGAUUACGGGGAACCCAUUGCAAAUGGGUGACCAUGUGUUCCCCGCUGACGAGCAGUACAGACAGACGGCCAUCAAGUUCAUACGUUACAUCGGGCCGUACUUGCGCGACGGCUCGCUGGUCCAUGUCCCAUUGAAGGUCGUCAAGGGCGGCCUCAACGCCGUGCCGGACAUGCUCGACGACGUCCGCAACGGCAGGACCGCCGGACACAAGCUUGUGACGCUGCUGGAGUGA